AGGAGGGAGGGAGGGAGGGAGAGAGUGCGCAACGCAUACACACCCAGACAAAAGCAGAGAAUAACGGCGUGAGGACCAUCUGUACGCCCCUGGACCAGAAGACUCCUUCUGCACAAAGACAACCUGCUCCAUUGUGCUAGCAGCCGGAAGGUACGUUCCUUAGUAAGUGAGCCAUGAGGGAAACCGUCAACUCCCAGUACAACUCCUUCCUCUACUGGAGGAUGCCGAUCCCGGAACUGGACCUGUCCGAGCUGGAAUGCAUGGAGCUGGCCGACAGGGCCGUCUACAAGCCGAAGGGGGGCUACGGCAACCCGACGGCGGACCGGAAGAAGCAGGGCGCCUUCGGAGACGGGGCCAACAAAGACACCCUCCUCCAGUUCAACAGCUUCAACUUCUGGAGGGCCCCCAUCGCCAGUAUCACCCCGCUAGAUUUUGACCUUCUCUGAAGCCCGGGCCUUUGGGCUUCCGUCUGUCGCUCGGAUGAGAGAGGCGGGCCUCCCUCCCUUCCUCCACGCCCCCUUCCUUCCUCCUCCUCCUCCUCCUCGGUUUUGUUCUCUUUGGUGGUGUCUUAUUCUCAAGCAGCAUGACAAUAUUUAUUCGUUCCGCCACGGCUCCUGAGAUGUUCUGUUGUCUUCUUCUCGCACGGUCUCACGCGCCACUCAAGAGUUCCGUCUCUCAAAGCAUUGUGGGAUUGCCAGCCAAUGAGAUGGCCAGCAAAGGAACCGUGGACUAUCCCUGUCAACAAGUGGGUGGUAGAGGAACACGCGGCCGAUGAAGGACCGCCACCCCGGCCUGUGCCGCUGGCUACCAGAACUGGGAGAGGCCGGAAGCACACGGGGUCUCCUUCACUGCUUGUACCUUGACUGCGUCUGGAACCACCUGGUUGGUUUGCGGCUGGCAGCCACGGCAGUAAUCGGCUGCUGAGCUCGUCAGAGCUUGGAAGCUAAGCAGGGUCGGUCAUGGUUAGUACUU